AUGAAUUUUGAAUUUGAGAGGGAGAUUGGGUUUAUAAACAGCCAGCCAUCGCUCGCCGAGUGUCUGACUUCCUUCCCCGCUGUCUUGGAGACAUUUCAAACUUCAUCAAUCAAGGAGUCGACAUUAAUUCCUCCUCCUCCUCCUCCUCUGGAGCAAACCUUCCCCAGCCUCCAGCUCGGCGCCUCCACCCUUCAGAGACCAGGGAGCCAAAAGCCAGCCGGAGAUGGGCCUGCUCUGCGGCCACCGCCGCCACUCCCCGUCGCCCCCCCAGCCCCCGAGUUCCCCUGGAUGAAAGAGAAGAAAUCCGCCAAGAAACCCAGCCAAUCCGCCGCAGCCCCUUCUCCAGCCGCCUCCUCGGUUCGGGCCUCCGGGGUCGGAUCACCAUCAGAUGGUCCCGGACUGCCGGAGAGCGGCGGCGGCGGCUCCCGCAGACUGCGCACGGCCUAUACCAACACGCAACUGCUGGAGCUGGAGAAGGAGUUCCACUUCAACAAGUACCUGUGCCGGCCGCGGCGGGUUGAGAUCGCCGCCUUGCUGGACCUCACCGAAAGGCAGGUCAAAGUCUGGUUCCAGAACCGACGCAUGAAACACAAGCGACAGACUCAGCAUCGAGAGCCGCCCGAUGGAGAGCCAGGCGGGCUGAGCGCCCAGGACGACGCGGGAGAGCCAGCCGAGGAGCCCACGGUCAGCCCCGGCGACGUGGCGUCACAUCGGCUGAGGGAAGCCUGCUUUCUCCCAGCCGAGGCCGCGCAGGGACCCCGGGGCGCACCGCCGCCGCUGCCUCCUGCCACUGCCCUGGAGAGUGUGGGUGCGUCGAGCCCCGGCUGCACAAUGCUCAGAGCCGGAGGCCUGCAGAGCGAGCCCCUGCCCGAAGACGCCUGCCCCGAGCGGCAGGAUUCGCCUUUCCUGCCGGACCUCAACUUCUUCGCUGCAGACUCCUGUCUCCCGAUGUCCGGAGGCCUUUCGCCCAGCCUGCAGGGCUCGCUGGACAGCCCCGUGCCCUUUUCUGAGGAAGAGCUGGACUUCUUCACCAGCACGCUCUGUGCCAUCGACUUGCAGUUUCCCUAACUGUUUUCUAUCUUUGGUCUUUUCCAUCUGGUCCUCCUUGGCUGUUGGGGGCAAAAAUCGAGCCUUCUCCACUCCUAGUCACAUUUAUGUGUUUUGUUAAAAUCCAGGUAUUAACGAAUUAGUGUUUAAUUCAGUCCUUUUCAAUUUUUAAAACCACACAAAAAAUUCCACUUGGUAAAACUCCUUCCAACGAAAUCUCAGGAAUAAUUAAACUCUAGUGGGAGAGGGUUUUCUUACAAAGAAAUAGAGGGACCUAUUUUCCUCUUUUUUUUUAAGUUUUAGAUUGUAGAUUAUUUAUUAAAAUUGUUUAAUAAUAGGAAAGGGGAAAGUAUUUAUUGUACAUUAUUUUCAUAGAGUAAAUAAAUGUCUUUAUAAUACG